AUGGAGAUAAAUAUUUUGUGUAAAUGUGUGAUAAUUUGUGUUCUAGUGAGCUCAGUGUGUGGUGCUAGCUUCGAUCAAGAAUCAAGCCUAUCCAACGAUUCUGACGAUUCUGACUAUUGUGACGAGUAUUUACCGUACAAUCCCGUGACUGAUAGACCAGAAUUCCUAGAAUUUGACCUGAACAACAAUAAUAGUGUGAACAAAGUCGACUGUCAGGUUAGCCAGACAAACUAUGACCAGUGCCGAAAUUGUAAGGCUAAAAAAGGCUAUGCCUUUAAUAAAGUCAUUAGAACCAAAGGUUCCUCAUUUGGCUUUGAUCAGGUGAUUUGGGAAUCACCCGAUGAAACUGUCUACGUCACUGAAGUUACGCUCUGUUCCAACGUUCUGAAUCGGAGAUACUUAGUAUUACUACUGUCGAAUGGUAAUUUCCUGUUAUUUGGCCGUGAGGACAGGGGUACUGAGUGGGUAAAUUUAACCUCCAGGAGGCUAAAUUUAUCCAACUUUAAACUCCUAACCUUUAAUGAGACGAUAAAUAAUUUAGUAGAACUGGAGCCUACAAAGUAUACAAAGGCGUUUAAUUACCUGACGCAAGUGUAUAAACUAAGGUCCAGAAUCGCAUGUUACGUUAUUAAGCUCCAGGAACAAGUGGUAUUUAACUACGACGAAGAUCCCGAAUUUGGCGCAGCUAAGCAAAUAUUAUUUAACCUCGAGACGGGGGAUCUAACCGUCAUAAACGUUGAAAAUGAUACUAAAAAGGUGAAAUAUAAUCAGUACAAAUGGACAUUACCGGAAACAGAUUGGACCACAGAAGUAACUGGGGAAGAUUUGACAUUACCAAGCACAGAAUUGACAUUACCAAACAAAGAAUUAACUACUGUGGGAACUGGAGAAGAGUUAAAUUUGCCAGAAGUUGAAAAAUUGAGAUUACCAGAGGCAAAUGACUUAGCUCCAGGUGUGCCUGGAGAUGAGUUAAAUUUACCAGAGCCUGAGCAACAAAAUCAAGUGCCAGAAUCUGCAGCUCCUGAACCAGAUUUAACACCUGAAACCACUGAAUCUACUCCAACACUAUCUGAACAACCUAAAGAGUCAGAACUAACAUCUCCUCCUGAAACAUCUGAACAACAUGUUCCGACACCUGAAACAUCUCUAGAGAAUGUUCCAACACCUGUAGAGAAUGUUCCCACAGGUGAAACCUUGUCUACUACUAAAGGUACAAAUUUGGUAAAUUAUGUGAGAGAGUUGAUACCGCAGUAUGGUCAGAGUGACUUUAAGUCCCCAGUAACCCUAGACUUAACUAGUAACAGUAGUGACACGAGCUAUAAAAUUGCCGAGUCAAAUUACUUUACAUACGUUCCCAAGACCAGAUUUAUCUUUAACAGAGUGGUUAAAUCGGGUAAAUUCGGGUCCCCGGAGCUAAUUUGGCAGGCGCCGGAUCAUCACCACUAUUCCCUGAUGGUGCAUGCAUAUUCAACUUCCUUACUCACUUGUGCGAAUAAUGUCACCAUCCUGAUGGUGAACGGGCAGACUUUGACACUGUGUAAAGUUGAAAAUGACUGGAUAGAGUUUGACAAAAUCACACUUGACAUUAGUGGGAACAAGAGCCUGGACGAGUUUGACUACUCUGUCAAAAACGGCUACGUAACUUUUACCGUCAAAUCUGGUUACUUUUUCAAGGAAAUUAUCCAGUCAAACUCGCUGCUACUGAAUAAAUCCAUCUGGAAAUCUGAAGACUAUGCGUUAAAAGUUAGACUAAACAAAAUCUCCUACGACCAGCAAUACAUAAUUUUACUGCUGAAAAGUGGUAAAUUCGUGGUAUUAAACAGGAUCGGUGAUACAAACGGGUGGCAUGACGUGACGUCACGGAGGCUAAACAUGGGAUUACUAAAGCUAUACGACGCCGGAGGAGAUCAAAUCUACCCCAGCCAGUACAUCAAAUCGCUCUAUCAUCUCUCAUACGCUUACUUUUUCAAAUUGGGUGUUAAAUGUUUUUCGAUAAAGCUGGGUGACAAGUUAAUAUAUAACCACGUGAGUGACCAGUGGUUAGGGUUCAUCCGGGGCAUUUUCCUGGACCUUGUAAAUAAUAAAUUAUAUAUAACGGACUUAACCGGUGAGAGGAAAGAUUUAGACAUUAAAGACAUGAUAUCAGACGAUAAAUACUUGAUCAAAUCUGAGCCUAAAAAUUUUCCAACACAUAAAGGACCCAUCUACUCCGCUAUUUAUCCCAUGUAAUUUCUUAC